ACAUCGCUAGCACAGACAGAUAAAGAUAACAUCACUAGUAGGAAAAAGCCACGACAGCACACAGCAGUUUAAGUCAGUGCUCUGUGUAGCAAGCAGCGAGACGAUUCAUUGAAGCGAUUCACACUGUAGUAGUAGUAGUAGUAGUGUGUGUUUAAAGGCUCCUGGUUUCACCUCUGAAGGACAUACGCUGACACUCUGAAGAUGCAGCUCAGCCUGGUUUUGACCAGUUUUGUCUGUUUGAUCGCGUGGAUUAAUUUGGGCCAUACAACGUUUGCUCAUGGACGGGUGUCAGACUGUUGUCUCCAGUGGUCCCGCACCAAACUUCAUCCCAAACAAAUUAAGGAUUACACCAUCCAGUCUGAAGGCGUCUGUCCCAUCAAGGCAGUAGUGUUUCUGACGGUUCGUGGAAAGAUAGUUUGCUCCAAUCCAGAGAUUAGCUGGGUAAAAGACGCAAUUCUGAAGGUGGACGGGGCGAGAAUAUCUGGCAAAGCGUCAACGGUUGGCAUGACACCAGCACCAUCCAUGACUUCAGAAAAUGAAGCAGCAUCAACAACUGACGUGACAACAACUCCAGCACCAUCGACGACAUCAGAAAAUGAAGCAACAUCAACAAGUGAUGUGACAACGACGGCGGCACCAUCGCCGACAUCAGAAAAUGAAGCAGCAUCAACAAGUGACGUGACAACAACGCCUACACCAUCGCCGACAUCAGAAAAUGAAGCAGCAUCAACAACUGACAUGACAACAAGGCCAGUACCAUUGACAACAUCAGCAAGCAGAAAAGCCCCUAAGAAAUACAGAUUGGGGAAAAGAUUGAGGAAAAUGAUCAGGAAAAUUAGGAGGAAAAAUAUGAGAAAAAGGCACCUGUGCAGAACCAUGAAAGAAUUAAGAAAGUGUUAUACUUCUUCUUCUUCCUCACCCUGCUGUACCUACAAACCUAUAAGAAAUGUGUAGAAAUAUAUAUAUAUAUAU